AUCCAUCCACACCUUAACAUUUGAACGAACGCACAUACACACAACUGUCGACGGACAUAGAGAUUGGCAGGCAUGCGGCCACUCUCAGUGACGCCCAGCAGUAAUUAUUGUUCUCCCGCAACACAGGUAUUUCAGCGGAAGCGAAUGAGGAUUUUGGGGGACUAUGGAAACUGGCGGAAAGAAGAGGUGAAAUUGUUGAAAUUAUUGGGUCCACCGCUUGUGGCUGCAGUCGUAGCCUUAUCUCCUAUCUCUAACCCCCCUGUGUCAAUGGGAGAAACAGUAGAUGUUGAUAAGGGAGGCAGCUUGUUCAGCCGAGCUUGCAUCGGAUGCCACGCAGCCGGAGGAAACAUAAUACAGCCCGGCGCAACACUUUUCUCGAAAGACCUACAGAGAAACGGAGUUGAAACAGAGGAGGAAAUAUACAGAAUCACAUACUAUGGCAAAGGAAGAAUGCCGGGGUUUGGUGAGAAUUGCACACCUAGAGGUCAGUGCACGUUCGGACCCCGACUGCGAGAAGAUGAGAUUCGGUUGUUGGCGGAAUUCGUGAAGUCGCAGGCUGAACAAGGUUGGCCUAACGUAGAAUAGAAGAAACUCAGCCCAAUAUUGGUUUAAGAUUUAAUAUUAUUAUUAUUUUUUUUUUGUACCACCACCACCACCACCAGUUUUAUUAUAUUGUUGUAGCGAGAUUUAAUUCUCGUAUCCUUCCUGUUUAAUAUUGUGAUAAAGGCCGCUUAGAUUCUGGGCCGAUCCA